AGCUGAGUUCCUGUUCUCAGCUCAGACAGAAGCUGUGGUCACUGUUUGUCUGAUCAGUCACUUCAGUCUGUAUGAAGAUGAGGGUGAAUAUCUGCGGCUGCCUGUUAGCCUUUGCUCUAGGCUGUAAUGUCACUGCAGAAAUAAUCCAUGAAGUAUUUGAGGAGAAGGCCUCCAUCUCUCCUCUGCGAUGUCCUCACUCUGUGGAGGGUAAAGUGACGUGGAGCAGAGAGAUUAAUGGAAACAAAGUUGACAUACUUACAGUUGAUGGUGACGGAGAUAUAAGACACAAUGACCCAGGCAGACGAUACAGUUCAUUGAAUGAUAAGUCACUUCACAUUCGCAGAGCUGCCGUCUCAGACACUGGAAGAUACUUCUGUAAUAAUGAACCGGCUGUGGAGCUGACGGUGAUCCCAUCAGGGACAGUCAGACUCACUGCUACAGAGAGGACCGGCGUCACUCUGAAAUGCCCUCCUGAUGUUGGAGGAUCAGAUGUUCCAACAUGGAGCAGAGACACUGGUGAAAUACAACAACAAAGAAGGUUUUAUGUUUCACCAGUUAACAAGACGUUGACUAUAGCAGACGUGCAGCCUGGUGACUCUGGACUUUACUACUGUGAUGGAAAACCAGCUGUGUAUCUGAAUGUGAUCAAAGAAGGUAAGAAGAAUACACCGUCAGCUACAACUGCAACAACACAAACAGCAGCAGCAACUGUACCAUCAACAACACUGACAAAAACAGACUACGACUGUACAACCAUGAAGAAACAGAGUCACGCUAAGAAACCCAGAAACAGAAAGUGCAAUUUAAUGAAUAAGAUAAAACAGAUCUUAAUGUUUAAUGUUUGUUAAAUUUUCACUUGUAGGUACAUCGGAAUUUACAACAAAUCAAUUCCAAUAUGUAAAUAUCACUGUCUGUCAUAACACUGAAAUUAUAAAUGCACGUCAGUGUACAUGCCUGCAUAUCUGAUCAAAGCAGUUGUCGAACCACCUGCAUAGUUUUUGUUUACAGGUUUUGUCACACAGCUGGAAAAGUAAUUGGAAGAAAAAGUUGUAUUACUGCAAUAAGAGCAUUUCAAGGUGGCAGUUUACAGUAGUACUUAUUCACGACAGCAGUGUGGGAGCGUUAAUGAUGAGAAGGUCUCUUUGUUUCAGGACACUGGAGAUUACUUAGUAUGUGAACACACAUUCAGACACAAGCCAAAAACGUCUGGUCCUGCUGGUAUUUUUGGGCAAGUUUUUCUAAAGGAUAUUUUAACGCGACAAGAUGAGUGUUACUGAUUGUUGUGGGGAUACAAAAUUUUAACUUCUAGUUCCUUCAUCCUUGUGAGCAAUGAUGACAUAUUUAGCUAACUUUAUUGUUCAAAUGGCCUUCAGCUAUGUUAAAAAGAUGCAUCAUGUCUAUAUAAAUUGUGUUUCUAUGUUAGUUCUUUACAGUAUUACAUUUUGUACCAAGACAAAUGAACACUGAU